AGCGGCUAGCAGCGCGUCCCGCGCUGGAGCCGCAGUCGCGCCCUCUCGCUGCCUAGCGAAGGCGCGGAGGCGAGCACGGAGGAGAGCAGCCUCGGGCGCCGCCGCAACCGUCAGGGCAUCAGAAUGGCGGUGGGCUCUGUCAAGAUGCAGCCGCCUUGUGAGAGCCCAGCCCUGGCCUCGGCGGCUCCGGUCGACGGCCCCCUGCGCCGCAGCCCGAGCGCCUGGGAGCCGGAGCGCGAGCCGUCCGCCGCGUCUCUGCGGCCGCGCCUCAGGGACCUGCCUGCGCUGCUGCGGAGCGGGCUCACGCUGCGGAGGAAGCGGAGCGCCGCCGGGGCCCGGACUCUCUCAAGAAGAAUUUCUAAUCCAUACCUUGAACAUAGUCCUUCUCAGAUUUAUGGAGAGAAUUCUUCCUGUGCAGGAAGAGCAUUAAGGAAUAUUAUUAUCGUUCAAGCAGCUGACCUGGUAAAGGACAGAGUGAAUCUCAAGGGGUUUUACAGGAGAAGCUGUGUGGGGUCAGAGCUGGUUGACUGGCUCCUGGAACACUGUCCUUUUGUCCAGUGUAGAUCUAUGGCCAUUGGGGUCUGGCAGCUCCUACUGGAUAUGGGGAUUAUGUCAUCAGUGGACCAACAUCUGUACUUUCAAGAUAAUUAUGUUUUCUACCAGUUUUCUUCGGAUGAAUGCAGCUACCUGUACUGUGAAUUCGAAAGAGAGGAAGAAUGGCAAAAGGGCGUGAAGCUUUUGCUGGAGCUUGUGCAUCUCAUUCCUGCGAGGGCCGGCAUCUGUGACCUGUCUCACCAGAAAGCGGAAGACUCAGAAGAAAGCAGUGAUGAAAUUCUUGCUCGGCUAACAUCUGCGGUGCAGAGAGAGCUAGCGGCUGUUAUUGCUUUGAAAGCAAGAAAGUCUGCACUUGAGCAAGAUGAUGAAAACGCCGACAAGCAUGAAACCCUGACGGAGGCUAACGACGGUCCCGAUCCUCAGGCUGGGGUGAUGUGCAAGCUUCAAGAGAGAGAUGAUAUCGGACGUAUUGAACUGGUCCACAAGCUGGCAAGAGAAAACUGUCAAUUUUUACAGGCAGACAAAAAAGAAUCAGAGAAGUUGGAGCAGCAAGAUGAUGAAGUGACGAUGGUUCAGGUUAAAGAGCAAGGCCAGAGCGUCCUGGUGCUGAAGAAAGUAGCAAGCUGUGGCCCAGCCCCCACCACGGGGAGUGUGGAGAGCGACGCGAGAUAUGUGGUGGUGUCUGGUACCCCGGAGAAGAUCUUGGAGCACCUUUUGAAUGACUUGCACCUUGCAGAGGUUCAGCACAAAGAAACAGAGACGCUCCUUGAUGACUUCCUCCUCACGUAUACCGUAUUCAUGACAACCGAUGACUUGUGCCAGGCGCUGUUAAGACACUAUUCUGCUAAGAAGUAUCAAGGGGAAGAAGAAAACUCAGAUGUCCCUUGUCGGAAGCGCAAGGUCUUACAUCUGGUUUCCCAGUGGAUUUCUCUGUACAAAGACUGGCUACAUGAAGAUGAGCAUUCAAAAAUGUUUCUAAAGACCAUCUACAGGAAUGUGCUGGAUGACGUCUAUGAAUACCCGAUUCUUGAGAAAGAACUGAAAGAGUUUCAGAAAAUACUCGGCAUGCAUCGCCGCCACACUGUUGAUGAAUACUCGCCACAGAAGAAGAAUAAAGCCCUUUUCCACCAAUUCAGUCUUAAGGAGAACUGGCUCCAGCAUAGAGGAACUGUGGCUGAAACAGAGGAAAUUUUUUGCCACGUGUAUGUAACGGAGCACUCCUACAUCAGUGUGAAGGCAAAAGUUUCGAGUACAGCCCAGGAGAUCCUGAAGGUCGUGGCGGAGAAGUUGCAACGUGCCGAAGAGGAUCUGGCUCUGGUGGCCAUUACGUUCUCUGGAGAAAAGCAUGAAUUUCAGCCAAAUGACUUGGCCAUUUCCAAAUCUCUGGAGGCAUCUGGUCGGAUAUAUGUCUACCGGAAAGAUCUGGCUGACACUUUGAAUCCUUUGGCAGAAAAUGAGGAAUCACAGCAAAGGUCAAUGAGGAUUUUGGGAAUGAACACUUGGGACCUUGCUCUGGAAUUAAUGAGUUUUGAUUGGAGUCUGUUCAAUUCAAUCCACGAGCAAGAGCUGAUCUACUUCACGUUCAGCAGACAGGGGAACGGAGAGCACACUGUGAACCUCAGCCUUCUGCUCCAGAGAUGUAAUGAGGUCCAGCUCUGGGUGGCCACGGAGAUUCUGCUCUGCAGCCAGCUAGGCAAGCGUGUACAGCUGGUGAAGAAAUUCAUCAAGAUUGCAGCUCACUGCAAAGCCCAGCAAAAUCUAAACUCUUUCUUUGCCAUCGUGAUGGGUCUCAACACCGCCUCUGUCAGCCGGCUGUCACAGACCUGGGAGAAAAUUCCUGGGAAGUUUAAGAAACUUUUCUCUGAACUUGAGAGUUUAACUGAUCCUUCCCUAAACCACAAAGCCUACAGGGACGCGUUCAAAAAGAUGAAGCCACCGAAAAUCCCUUUCAUGCCCUUAUUGCUUAAAGAUGUAACAUUUAUUCAUGAAGGAAAUAAAACAUUCCUGGAUAAUCUGGUCAAUUUUGAAAAGCUGCACAUGAUCGCGGACACUGUCCGAACCCUGAGACACUGCAGGACUAACCAGUUUGGAAGUGACAUGUCUCCCAAGGAGCAGCAAGAGCUGAAGUCCUAUGUCAACCACCUGUAUGUCAUCGACAGCCAGCAAGCCCUGUUUGAGCUCUCUCACAGGCUGGAGCCUCGAGCCUGAGCUGUGCCAACCUGCCCUGCAUCUGCAACUCCUAGAGCACACGAAGGCCUCCAUUCAGUACGUUGCUUCCUGUAAGAAAAGAGGCUGCUGAGUUCUAUCAGCAUAUCAAGAGACAAGUGCAGGAAAGCCAGCCAAAGCACAUUCAGGAAGUGAUGUCAGCCACCAGAGGCGGGAGAGCUCCCCCCACUGCUGUCAGAGAGAAGAUAGGAGUCAGAGCAUCCUUGGAACAGGAUCUUUCUUAUGAUGAUGAUUUCAUUCCAGUCCAAGUUUCAGCUUAUGAGAAAGGAGCCAGCAUUAGGAGGCGAUUGUUCGUAUAGCAGGAAGGACUGUCACUCUGACUGAUCACCUUACUGCUGAUUGGCUGUCUGCUCACCUUACUGCUGAUUGGCUGUUAAGAGACUGGAAUACCUGUGCAUAGUAGGGGCAUCUCCAGAUGCUCCAGGAAGAGGAGAGGCCUCUGUUGCUAUAAACUUAACAUUUCCCUGGAGGGCAUGUCCUUCUGUGCAAAUAAGAAAUGCGUGGCACACACGUCUUUGCAUCCACAAUCAUUACCAAUGUAUACACAGAUGAAGUAGUUUCUGUACCACUGAUGUACUUCUGUAAGCAAGGAAGACUGAGUUUCUCAUCCAAUAAGGAGCUUGGCAUUGUUCAGUUUCUAUGAACUUUCUUUACAUAUAUUUUUUGUGGUUGUUGAGUGCAAUUUUCAGAAAAACACAGGGCCUGGAUCGUGGGUACUCAGUGUUAGCUUACUGGGGCGACAGAAUUUCCAGUUUCUGCAUUCUGGUGUCUGAUGGAGUUGUGGUGUUUGACAUUACUUCACCAGGCUCCUUGCCUACAGAAUGCAGAACAUCAGCCCGUGAAGGAGGGUUUGUGAAGCUGCGUAUAUGAAGCUUAACAGUUUGCUAGACUCAGUAAUUGAUGAGUAUCCAGAGAUGCCUAAAGUCUCACUCACUUGGGGAGUUAGAGCCCCGAAGUCAGUGUCCCAAGGGAAGCCAGCGUCUUUCUUCAAUUUACCUUUUACCUUCUUAUUCUUUGUUUUUAUAAAUUGGGCCUCAUAUACCAAAUAAGACCUCUUAGAAUUCUCAAGGACUAGUUAGAGGAUUUCCCUGAAUCCUCAAGUAAACAAAAAGCUUGUAGUUAAAACAAGCCUGCUCUCCCAUAAGCUGGACACUAGUUCCUUUGCUAUGUGCACCCGUCUGAGUAUUUGGUCUGUGCAUUUGCAGUCUUGAAUAUGGGUAUACUGUUCACACCCUUGGGGUUCUGGGGUGGGACAGGGAGCUGUGUCCACCCAGACCUGCUUCCUACUCUCUUCAGCGCCUGGUCCACUCUCAUUACCAAGGUCUGAGCUAUACCUGUUGCCACCUGACUUCCUGAGAGCUAUGCUGUUCCCUGGUCUGGGGUCCAGUGAGCCUGAGACACUGCUAGAAGGAACCAUAUGGGGAAAGCUCUUGGUAGAGCUUUCAGAGAGAUCGCAUCUAAUCUAGUACAUAAACUUUCAGCCCUAGAAACUUACAGGGGUUUAUAGAAACACCCCAACUGAGGGCAAUUAACUCAGAAAAUGUUUCACAACUCUGAGUGCCAGUGCAUGAGACCAGAGCUACAGAGCCAGGGAAAGCAGGCUGUCCUGACCUGUGGACGAGCACAACCUCUGAGAACAGUGCACACUUACAGCACAAACACGCAUGUCUUCCCUCCAAGCUAGCAACUGGGACUGGGAUAGUGUAUCAUACCUGGCAUUAUUAGCUCUACAUCACUUCAAGCAGACCCUAUAGAACUCAUUGUAGAUGGAGAUCUGUUUCAGUAGAACACUGUCUAGGUUCCAGCUCAGCUGGCCUACACAAGCCACGCCUUCAUCAUGCUUAACACACUUAGAGAAAUCUGCAGGACAUGAAUGGGAAUUACCCUGGAGAGCAUGGGUUGAGGCUGCUUUUCCAUCCAAAGCAAAAGUCUGAUGGGAUUUGUUUUCCCAUUCUGUCUCCAGAGUAAAAUCUCUAAAUCCUUCUCAACUUUAACACCUGUUUCUAGGGAUUUCCAAGGCAGCAGAUUUAGGAACUUCAAAAGCUUUCCAGAAUCUUAAAUCUUAAAACUAAAGUUCAGAAUGGUCAGCUUCCACGGGAAGCUCUUCCUAAGGAAGCCAAGCAAUGUAUAGGUGUCCACAGGAGUUGGCACUCCCAUGUGUGGGGUAGCCCGAUUCCUUCUCCAAAGCCCCUGAGGUGUUCCCAGACUCAGUGCUACUAUCCCAGAAGAGUGGACCAGAAGAUGUCUGAGGUCUCUUCCAGUUCUCCUUUGGAUUUUUAUGAUUUCAUGGAUCUCCAUUCUCAUCCUAGAUCCUGUAUAACUGACAUCUUCAAUGAGUGAUAGAUACCUUGGCCUCUUUCUGUUGACAACACAGCCCUCAAGGGGUCCUGUGGGUUUUUGGAUUUUGUUCCUGCCAUGCAGCUCAGCUUGCAAGUUCCUACCAGAGUCAGAACACAAGUCACGAACUUCCCCAACAUUUCAAAGGAUGCACACACAUUUGCAGAUGCUCCACAGCCUCUGAGUGUGACCUUGCCGAAUGGCUACCGUAGCACACAGAGCUCUUGUGGCUGCCUGAGUGCCAGCCCUGUGGUUUUGUACAGCAACACUUGGAGCAAAUGGCACAAACCACGCAAGCUUAUCACAAUUGGGCAAGAUCUAAGUUUAGAAGACAAGGGCCUCUGUAGCUGUCCAACAUAGAAUUUCUUCUCAACUUCAAAGACAUGUCCUCAAAAUUUCAGCCUACUCAGUAAUGAGUAGGCCAGUUUUGCUCUAGAGAGAACACAUUUUGAAAAUUGCCAAAAAGUCAGAAGAAAUGUACGACUGUAUAAAGUAAAGCUGUAUAUACUAAGCAUUUUUAGCAGAGUAAUAUUUAUUUGCAUAGCCUAUUUAUUGUAUUCGUAUUACACUGUUAUUAAAUACCGGGAUGAAAUCAAUGACCAGAAGCAAGGACUCUUGCCUUUGGGCAUCUCAUUGCUUAGGACUGCUGUGAUGCUGUCAGCUUGGGAUAACAAUUAGAAAAUAGAAAGCCCACAGUCCGGGCGUCUACCUAACUUCUCAGGGACUACACCUCGUAGUUUUCCACCAUUAUAAGAGCUGGUAAAUAUGAAACAUUUGUUGAGUUACCAGACUGCCAUUGACAGUGUUUGAUUUCUCAUAGUUCAUGCUUUCUGCCUCUGUGUAUAUGACUGUGCUGUGUAUUUAUCAAAGUAGGAAGCAAUAAUUUAUAUGUAAAAAUGGCCAAGCAAUAUAAGGUUAAAACUUACGUAAGUAACCAUUACCUUAUCUUGUAUUUUCAAGUGUUUUUUAAAUCUGCUUUUCCAAAUAUAAGACUAUGUUAAAGAUA